AUGAGCAGCAACAGCCCAAAGAAGAUGAAGAAGCAAUCCCAAACACUGAUAUUCGAGGAUGGAGCCGUCCAAUUCCGACAGCGCUUGGCUGUGAGUCUGUUGUCAACCAAACCCAUUUUGAUUCGAAACAUUCGAGCCAACGAUUUGGAGUCUCCUGGGUUGCGAGAAUAUGAAGCCAGUUUCUUGCGGUUGUUGGAUGCCAUGACCAAUGGAACCAAAAUCGAAAUUAAUUCGACAGGAACCCAACUACGGUUUAAACCUGGAGUUUUGUUGGGUGGCAGGCUGGAACACACGUGUCCCGUGGGGGGUGAUGGUGAUGAUGAUGACAAUGACGACAACACAGCACGCUCCAUCGGCUGGUUUCUAGAGGGGAUUCUACCCUUGGCUCCCUUUGGAAAAGAAUCGCUGUCUCUCCAGUUGACGGGAAUCACCGAUGGAACCUCUGAUUUGGAUCCUUCGCCAGACUAUUUACAAGCUUCGGCGGUUCCUCUUCUCCAGCAUUUUGGACUGGGAAUUGUCAGCGACUUUGAAGAUCCCAUGUUGGCUCAAACGGGGCCAUACAUCAAGGUUCCAAGGAGAGGAGCAGCUCCAUUAGGUGGUGGUUUAGUGGAAUUCUUCUGUCCCAGAAUUAAAGAACUUAAACCGAUUGACCUCAUGGAUCCUGGCAAAGUCAAACGUAUCCGGGGAUCUUCCAUUUCCUGUAAAAUCGUAUCAUCCUCCAUGACAACCCGUUCUGCUUAUGCUGCAAAGGGAUUGUUGCAAAGACUAUUGCCCGACAUUUGGAUAGUUACUGAUGUACACACAAUCAAAAAAACUAAAUGUGGACCCAGUCCAGCACUUUCCAUGGUCUUAUCGGCCCAAUCUACCAAUGGCAUGGUACUGACAGCCGAAACUUGCUUUCGAAAACAACAAGAGCUACCCGAAGAUGUGGGGAAACGAGCGGCUGCCAUGUUGCUAGAGGAAGUACGACGCGGUGGAGUCGUCGAUACAACCUGCCAAUCUACGGCCCUACUUCUCAUGUGCGUGACACCCGAGGAUGUGUCACGGAUACGUUUGGGGACACUCACACAAUACACGGUCGAGUCGUUGCGAUUGUUCAAACGAGCCUUUGGGGUCGAGUUCAAAGUCAAACCCGACGAAGAAACCAAGACGGUUGCCUUGAGUUGUCUUGGUACUGGUUAUAGAAACAUGGCUCGAGCAAGCACUUAG